GGCAAAGUCGUGAUCGACAGCUGGUACGCUCGGACCCUGGUUUUGGACGGUGAGAACGGGUGCUUUCACGAAACGUUUGAUACGUACAGCUGGACACACCUAGCAACAAGAGCCGAUCUCUUGCCGAACAGACAGUUUUACCUCACAACCCUCGAGCUCGCGUGAGCUGCCUCACCCCGGUCAUCGGGCGCGACCGAAGCAACCCGCAGCACAAACAAACCACCAAACAUCUCCGUCACCGCCCAACGAGGCCUCCAACCCAAACAAAUGACAAACACCCUCGACCGCUACCUCAUCUCCACAAAACCCCACCCCGCCCCUCCUACCAAAAAGUCAUCCUCCUCCUCCUCUGCCAUCCGAAACAUCUCAAACAAGGAAAACAACCCAUUCACAACCACCCGCCGAAAACCAUACGACGUUUUUAAAUCAGCUGGAUCUGGGCACGAAGUAAGUGAUGGGCGAGCGAGGGGAGCGGGAUAUCUGGCGCAUCGAAACGCGAAAUUGAGGAGACAGUUUGCGGUGCCGAUGGGGAGUGCGCAUACAACCCUACAACUACAGCGGAAUGAGUCGACCGACUCCACUACCUCCACCAAUAGUGAGGCAUCAUCAAUAACUUCGACGAGUACAACUGCGUCAUCCAUGUCCUCGACCUCGGCAAUAGAGAAGCAGCCAGGCAGUAAAGACGAAUUCCCCCAAAUCUUCAAAGGCUGCACCCUCUACUUCAACGGCUACCUCGGCCCCUCCUACUCCGACCACCGCCUAAAACGCCUCAUCGCACUCCACGGUGGCUCCAUCUCCUCGACCUAUCGUAUCAAAUCCUGUACGCACGUGAUCGUGGGGCAAACUGGGUUAGCCGCCAAUAAGAUUCAGAAAGAGUUGGGUAGAGCGGGGGGUGGAGGUGUGAAGUUUGUGGGGGUGGAGUGGGUUGUGGAGAGUCUUGAGGGGGGAAGGAGGUGUAGGGAGAGUGGGUAUCGGGUGGGGUGUUUGACUGGGGGGGUGCAGAGGAGUGUUGUGGAGGGGUUUGCGGUGGAGGAGGAGAAGGAGAAGGAGAGUGCGCCGGUAUAGAAGGGCCGAGGUGUUGAACUUACACUGAUAACUGCUUGAAUUCCGGAUAAUCAAAAGAAUUAUAAAGUCCAUUUACAGCUCGCCUACAGAUACUUUCCCACGCAUCCUACUGAACCAAAAUCACUGCUCCCCAAACCUCUCUC